CAAAAAAAGGAAGGAGAGCUGCUAGUGCUUUUCUUCUCGGCGAGUCUUUCUCUUUCCCCACCUUCACUUGGCCGUCCUCCCGAGCUGCGGCGGCCGCAUCGAUUGCUAGGGUGAAAAUCCGUUCUCCGGCGAUUUUGGGCUCUCGGGAACAGACAGGAGGAUCCGCGGGAAGGAUUCGGCUGCGUCCUAGUGUAGUGUCGACAUGGCUGGGCGCAAGGAGACCGCACUCGACCUGGCGAAGUUCGUCGACAAGGGCGUCCAGGUGAAGCUCACCGGCGGCCGCCAAGUGACAGGAACUUUAAAGGGAUAUGACCAGCUACUCAACCUAGUGCUAGAUGAAGCAGUUGAAUAUGAAAGAGAGCAAGAUGACCCAUUGAAGCUAUCAGGGAAAACCAGACAGCUUGGCCUCAUUGUGUGCAGAGGCACGGCAGUCAUGCUGGUCUCACCGACUGAUGGAACUGAUGAGAUCGCCAACCCUUUUCUUGCGGAAGGAGCAUAAGCUUGCAGUUGGUCGAUUAUUUAGAACCGUGCUCUCAUGUCACCCUCAGAACGAUGUGUCCCAGUGGGAAAAAGAACUCUAUUCUCGUACCGGUUGGUGAUGAACUCUGUAAUAUUCACCGUGCAAGUGCAACUUAAAACAUCUGUGAUACGAGCUCUUUUUUUUUAUUGUGUGCGGUUGUGCUUCCCUUAUUUAGAACUCACAAAUCAGAUCUCACGAGUACGAUCAUGCACGCACGCACGGUAUGGCCCUUUAA